GGUCCCGAAGGUCCCGAAGGUCCGGGUGGAGCGCCCUGCGGAGUCCCGCUCCCACUCGCGGCGGGUCCCGGGACUCUGUAGUGGGCAUGAGCGAGGUCUCAGCAAAGAGCUGGACUCAGGAGAAAUGGCCCUGGUACCCUAUGAGGAGAGUGCAGAGAUAGGGCUCCAGAAGUUCCACAAGCCUCUUGCCACCUUCUCUUUUGCAAACCACACCAUCCAGAUCCGUCAGGACUGGAGGCAACUGGGAGUCGCAGCAGUGGUUUGGGAUGCGGCCAUUGUGCUUUCCGCGUAUCUGGAGAUGGGUGCUGUGGAGCUCAGGGGCUGCUCUGCCGUGGAGCUUGGUGCCGGCACAGGGCUGGUGGGCAUAGUGGCUGCCCUGCUAGGUGCUCAUGUGACUAUCACGGAUCGACAAGUAGCAUUAGAAUUUCUCAAGUCAAAUGUUGAAGCCAACUUACCUCCCCAUAUCCAGCCCAAAGUUGUUGUUAAGGAACUGACUUGGGGACAAAAUUUGGGAAGUUUUUCGCCUGGAGAAUUUGAUCUCAUACUUGGAGCUGAUGUCAUAUACCUAGAAGAUACCUUCACAGAUCUUCUUCAGACCCUGGGAUACCUUUGUAGCAACCACUCUGUGAUUCUUUUAGCUUGCCGAAUUCGCUAUGAACGGGAUAAUAACUUCUUAACGAUGCUGGAGAGGCAGUUUACUGUGAGUAAGGUUCACUACGAUCCUGAGAAGGAUGUCCAUAUUUACAGAGCACAAAAGAGAAACCAGAGGGAGGACUUGUAGUGGGCAUUAUUUCCUAAGAAUUGAAUGUGUCAGUUAAGGUCUUAGAACUAGAACUCCCGUGUUAAUGUGAUGCAGACCAAAGGAUCACAGCACAAAUUCAUUCCUUGUCACGUUGCCACAGCUGUGUGUCACGAUUGCUCACUGCUGAGCAGUGAAUGCACAUGUGAGGUUUGGCUGGCGUUCUUUCCUUAGCCAGUGUGCCCACUUGGUAAGCAUUUUCCACAAACGAUCUGAAAAGAAUGGUGCAAAGGUGUCUUUAAAUUGGUGAGAGUCAGCAGUACAUUCUGGGCUUGUCUCGGUUUUCUCAUCUGCUAAGUGUAAACGGAGUAUACUGCAUAUAUUCCUGAAGUGUUUGUGUUGUUGAAGUCUCCUACUCUUCUUAUGAGAUGAGGCCUUAUUCUAGACCAGGCUGACCUCAGUGAUUCUCCAGCCUCUGUCUCUGAGUGCUGGGAUACAGGUGUGUGCCACGGCACCCGGAUUACCAUUUAAUUCUUAGGCACCUUGAGAUGAGGAUGAGUUCUGUCAGCAGAUUGUAGGGGUGAGUAUGUAAGCAAAGGAAUAAACAUUUUUGCACUUAAAAUUACAUAAAACUGUGGCCUGAAAUUUUCCUCCACAACGAUGGUUUGUUGUUUCAGCUUUGCUGUUUCUUGCUGUGGUUGUCUCUGUUUCUUAGGUGUUUCCCCCAUCUUUUAUGUGUCAGUUCUGAAAAGUUAACUCAUUUCCGAAGGUUAGCUCCCAAGUACAAACCUCUGCUGUGCCUGUAAUGGCUCCUUGGCUCUCGGACCCCUGUGGGCUGCAAGCUGCUGGAGGCCUCUUUGACUUCCCUUCCCUUUACCCAGGAAGAAGCACAUAACAGGUGAUCAGGGUGAAUUCCAUUAGAGGCCCCUGAGGUUUUGUGGUGCCAGGGAGCAAACCCAGGUCGUGCACACACUGAGCAAACACUCACCCCAAGUUACUACAUCCCUAGCCAGAGGUUACUAAUUUUUGAGUUUUCUCUGGGUAGACUUUAUGAAUAAAGUUAUCAAAACAAGCUUUUCUUUUACAUUUAACUAAAAAUUUAAGCAGUUUAGACAUGACAUUUAGUAAUAGAAAUGUGUUGGAUUUGUUGUGCACACUAUUCAAGGCUUCAUUUUCCUUUAAUAAAUAUUUUGGAUAUGAAAAUA